UUAUUAGAUGAAGCUAAAGACUACCAUUUAAUGCCUGAAAGAAGACUUUUAUUACAAAGCUUUCGCACUAGACCUCGUUGUGUCAGUUAUAUUCGUGGGCACAUAUAUGCAGUUGGUGGACUUACAAAAUCAGGUGAUUCACUUAGUACUGUAGAAAUCUAUAAUCCUUUAACUGAACAAUGGGAGCUUGCAGAAGCUAUGAGCAUAUUACGUAGUAGAGUUGGAGUAGCCGUACUAAAUAAUAAACUGUAUGCAUUUGGAGGGUAUAAUGGAAUUGAAAGAUUAUCUUCAGUAGAAGUAUUUGAUCCUUCAACAAAAUCUUGGAAUAUAGUAUCACCAAUGCAUCGAAAACGUAGCGCCCUUGGAGCAGCUGCACUAAAUGACCGACUAUACGUGUGUGGAGGUUUUGAUGGAGUCAGUUCAUUAAAUAUUGUUGAAUGUUAUCAACCCGAUUUAGAUCGCUGGACAAUCAUUACACCAAUGCAAAAACAUCGCAGUGCUGGUGGYGUAGUCGCAUUUGAUGGAUAUAUUUAUAUUCUUGGAGGUCAUGAUGGUCUAAGUAUUUUUGACUCUGUUGAACGAUAUGAUACAUAUACAGGUCAAUGGCUAUCUGUAACACCUAUGUUAAUAAAACGGUGUCGCUUAGGAGUGGCUACAUUGAAUGGUAAACUUUAUGCAUGUGGUGGAUAUGAUGGAUCAACAUUUUUACAAACUGUUGAAGAAUAUGAUCCUCAGACAGACAAGUGGAGAUUUGUGGCUCCAAUGAACGUGACAAGGAGCCGUGUGGCAUUGGUAGCCAAUGCUGGAAAAUUGUGGGCCAUUGGUGGGUAUGAUGGAUUUUUGAAUCUACCCACUGUAGAAGUGUACGACCCAAAAGCUGACUGUUGGACAUUUGCAGCCUCCAUGUGUGCCCAUGAAGGUGGAGUCGGAGUUGGUGUUAUACCCAUACAAGAACCUGAAGUUCCAUAUAGAUUUUUGUUUUGUGUGAUUGUUGUUAUUAUYUUUUUCUGCGUAAAUUGCCUCAAAGGACAGAGGCUUUUCGAGAUGGCAUUAGAGGCGACGAUUGAUCAACAAAACAUGGCAUUUAAUCCGGCCAAAUUGCACUCUGCCAUAAAGAUACCGUUCCCGAAAUCGUCAUCAAUUGAAAACGAAUACUUUGUGUAUCAUCAGGCCGAUCUGUUUUCUCAGAGUUUCUCGGCUAUUGAAGGCAUACGCCGUAUGGGAAAACUUUGCGAUGUUACGUUGAAAGUAGAAAACAUGUCAUUUAGUGCCCAUCGUAUAGUGUUAGCUGCCACGGUUCCAUAUUUUAAUGCUAUGUUUACACAUAACAUGAUUGAAAGUACCCAGAAAGAUAUUGUGAUGCACGGAAUUGAUCCUGAAGCAUUGGAAGCAUUGAUUAAUUUUGCAUACAGUGGUCGAAUAUCAAUAAAUGUCAAUAAUGUUCAGUCACUAUUAAUUGGAGCUUCAUUUUUGCAGUUGAAAUGGGUACGAAAUGCUUGUGCAACAUUCAUUAAAGAAAGGUUUCAUCAAAAUAAUGUUUUAAAAGUACGUACAUUAGCUGAUUCAUUGGGCUGCUAUGGCUUAAUGACUGAUUCUAAUAGAUAUAUAGCUCAAUAUUUUCCUGAUAUAUCACUAUCUGAAGACUUUUURAACCUCAAUAUUUCUGAAAUAAUUGACAUAAUUAAUAAAGAUGCGCUUCAAGCAUCUGAAGAACAGGUAUUCGAAGCAACCAUUCGUUGGGUGAAACAAGAYGAAUUGAGACAAGAAUGUUUUCCUCAAUUGCUUGCUGCAGUAAGGUUACCAUUACUUUCGCCUCAUUACUUGGCUGAUCGAGUUGCUACUGAAGAAUUAAUUAGAUCAUCUCACGAAUGCAGAGAUUUAUUAGAUGAAGCUAAAGACUACCAUUUAAUGCCUGAAAGAAGACUUUUAUUACAAAGCUUUCGCACUAGACCUCGUUGUGUCAGUUAUAUUCGUGGRCACAUAUAUGCAGUUGGUGGACUUACAAAAUCAGGUGAUUCACUKAGUACUGUAGAAAUCUAUAAUCCUUUAACUGAACAAUGGGAGCUUGCAGAAGCUAUGAGCAUAUUACGUAGUAGAGUUGGAGUAGCCGUACUAAAUAAUAAACUGUAUGCAUUUGGAGGGUAUAAUGGAAUUGAAAGAUUAUCUUCAGUAGAAGUAUUUGAUCCUUCAACAAAAUCUUGGAAUAUAGUAUCACCAAUGCAUCGAAAACGUAGCGCCCUUGGAGCAGCUGCACUAAAUGACCGACUAUACGUGUGUGGAGGUUUUGAUGGAGUCAGUUCAUUAAAUAUUGUUGAAUGUUAUCAACCCGAUUUAGAUCGACCGUUGCCCAAUUACUGUACCAUKCCGGCGACYAUAGGCUUCGAAAAGCACUACAUUCUGACCAAACACCGUCUUCCAUCUGUGACGAUUGGACGGAAACGAGCUAAUAGCCCUGGCCACGUCCACGGACCGUUGUACAACCUCAGAGAYCAUACCCGUUUCGGAAAACUCUACUAA